CCACUUUACUCCUUAUCCUGAUCUCUUCCUCACCGAUCCAUCCAUACCAUUCAAAGCUUACAAGCACAAGCAAUGGCCACUCUCCUCUCUUUCUUCCCUUCUCCCACCAAAACCUUCCACCCCUUCACCCUUAAACCCUUUCAAGCCUCCCCCUCCCCCAGGCCCUUCUCCUUAGCACCUCUCCAGUCCGCCGCUCAGCCGCCGCCACCCCCGGUCCAGGAGUUCUGGUCCUGGCUCCGGGCUGAGGGGGUGGUAUCUGAUAAGACCCCGGCCAGGCCAGGGGUCGUGCUGGAGGGGCUCGGGCUCGUGGCUCAGAGGGACAUCACCCGUAAUGAGGUCAUCCUCGAGGUCCCGAAGCGGCUCUGGAUCAACCCGGAUGCUGUGGCAGCCUCGGACAUCGGGAGCGUGUGCAGCGGGCUGAAGCCAUGGGUCGGGGUGGCUCUGUUCUUGAUCAGGGAGAAGAAGCAGAGUGAGUCCAAGUGGAGGGUUUACCUGGAUAUCCUCCCAGAGACCACUGAUUCGACCAUCUAUUGGUCAGAAGAGGAGCUAGCUGAGCUUCAAGGAUCCCAACUGCUUCGCACGACAUUGGGUGUUAAACAAUACAUUAAGAGCGAAUUUGAGAAGGUUGAACAAGAGAUUCUCUUACCCCACAAGCAGCUGUUCCCGUCAAGCAUAACAUUUAACGACUUCUUAUGGGCAUUUGGGAUCCUCAGAUCGAGGGCAUUCUCUCGCCUUCGAGGACAAAAUCUCGUGUUGAUCCCCCUCGCUGACUUGAUCAAUCAUAGCCCGAGCAUAACCACAGAAGAUUAUGCAUAUGAGAUCAAAGGAGCCGGUCUUUUUUCAAGGGAGCUCUUAUUUUCACUGCGCAGUCCCAUUCCUGUCAAGGCUGGUGAGCAGGUUUUGAUCCAGUAUGAUUUAAACAAAAGCAACGCGGAGCUAGCUCUGGACUACGGGUUUGUGGAAUCGAAUCCUAAUCGCAAUUCAUUCACCCUAACGCUAGAAAUAUCUGAGUCGGACCCAUUUUUCGGGGAUAAGCUAGACAUCUCCGAACUAAAUGGACUCAGCGAGACUGCAUCCUUUGACAUUGUUCUGGGCAGUCCUCUUCCACCAACAAUGCUCCCAUACUUGCGUCUAGUCGCACUCGGAGAAUCGGAUGCUUUCCUCAUGGAAUCUCUGUUCAGAAAUUCUAUCUGGGAUCACCUUCAGUUGCCUAUAAGUCGUGCCAACGAGGAGCUAAUAUGCCGAGUUAUCAGAGACGCUUGUACAUCUGCUCUUUCCAGGUACCAUACCACGAUUGAAGAGGAUGAUGAGCUUAAGAAAAAAGGGAACCUCAGUCCGAGGAUGGAGAUUGCAGUCGGUGUGAGAUCCGGGGAGAAGAGGGUGUUGCAACACAUAGACAAUAUCUUCAAGGAUAAAGAAGCAGAAUUAGAUGAGUUGGAGUAUUACCAAGAAAGGAGGCUCCGGGAACUAGGGCUCGUUGGAGAGCAAGGUGAGAUCAUCUUCUGGGAGAAGUGAGUGGUGGAGAUAGUUCAGCCAAUUUCACAGAAAGCAAGACCCACGUCACUGAUCAGUUCUCCUUGCGGGAACACCGCUAAAUGCAAGACCGAGCUGAUGAGAUCAUCUUCCAUGCUCGUGCUUCCCGAUGCCCCCAACAUUUUUUUACCAUGGUCGGCCCAGUUUCUUCCUUGAUAGUUUUCUAUUGGUCCGAGAAAGCUGUAUCUGAUCGACUUGAGCUGCAUUAUUUCAUCUGUUACCCUAACAGUGUGCCAAUGAUUCGAGAACCUUAGCCUCUGUAUUUGUGAUUUCCUUUUAUCUGUAAGUUGAAGAGAGUGAAUGCGGCAUCAUUUUAUGGAGCAUUAA